AUACAGUCUUAUGACAACACGUACACGUUGUCUGACAAGCUCACAACUCUGCUAAGUUACUAACCAGAUAAAUAACUGGCUACAACGGCUAGCUGAAGCUAAGCUAGCUGACGCGCUCCUGAAAUGGCAGGAAGUCCAGAUACGCGGGAAUUUGAAGAUACUCGCUGUCACUGCAAUACGCCAAAUAAUGGAGACAUUUAAAAAGAAGUCUGUCCCACACAUCACCAUACAGCCUAGGGGGGUCACACCAACACCAGAGAGAUGCACCAGUUGCUGCAGUUCUGUCCACUGCCCGUUGUGCAGGCCUCAGAUCUUCAAACCAACAAUUUGGAGUAAGGUCCACAAACAUCUCAAAGGCCACGCAAAGCGUGCAGUGCAACACAAAGACUACACAAUAUUUAAAUGUAAUUUGGAGUGCAAGCCGACUGCACACUUCCACUGUCCCUCCUGCAAACAGUUGUUAGAAAGAAGAGACAGGUUUGUAGACCAUUUGGGACAGUGUGUCCAACAAGCUGUUGAAGAGGAGCAGGAGGCCAAGGAGGAGGAGGAGCAGCAGCAGCAGGAGGCCAAAGAGGAGGAGGAGGAGGAGCAGCAGCAUCAGCAGGAGGCCAAAGGGGAGGAGCAGGAGGUCAACACAAGUAAUCUGGAUGCCAGUGCAGAACCGGGAAAGGGCAGGACUACGUCUACCUCCAGAAGAGCUGAAGAGAGCCUGUCCGUGGCCUUUCAGGAUGCCCCAGAAACUGCAACCUCACACCCACAACCUCAGCCUACUGAUGAUCAUGGCUAUGCCUUGCCUGCUUCUUCUCCUACUGCUCUUAAGACCAGACUCAAUGAAGCCUUAGGAAGAGUGGAAAGUCUGGAGCGAGAGAAGAAGAAUGCCAUGGGCAGAGAAAAGAGGGCAAAGAGUGAUGUGAAUGCACAUCUGCCUGGUCCUCUUCUUCCUCUGUCAUCCCUGCACCUCCUGGUUCCUCCACUGAGGUUGAUGUCAGCCUGUAUGUGGCAGGUGGCCCAGGAGCGAAACGUAGACCAGUAUGCCAAACUGGCUGAAUUCAUCACGCUGGUGACAGAGAUGGUCCCAGAGCUUCUGAACUACAAACAGAAGACUCAGCUCGUCCUGGGACUAAGAGCUCAGCUCGUGCUUGAAUUGUUAAGGAGGACGGACAAGGUUGACUGUAAAGCUAUCUGGGAUAAUCUAAACAGUUUCCAACCGAGGACAACAAACUGUAUACAUGAAGAGGACCAAGAUGCAGAGGUGGAGAUUUCAAAGUCAGCAUUUGUGGAGCUGGUUGAGACAUUGCUGAGAGACCAAUCAGAAAAAGACAACUUUUUCAAGGAAGUCUUCUUGGUCCAAUAUGGAGCUCGUUUUGAUACAGCGCUGCAGAUCCUGGUGUGGGAGUUCUUCUACCGACUGGAGGAGUUCCUCCCAGUACCGAGUUUUUCACAGGUAUUCUCCAUGUUUGACAUUUCUUCCUUUGACUAUGAGUUUGAGCAGUUUGUCUCCGACCCUGAAGACCUGAAGAGGAUUUUGCAGCAUCAGCAGGAGCAUCAACAUUUGACUCAAAGUGAAUUCACCUUCAUGUCGGACACUAUCCUCUCCACGCUCGCAUCUAAACUGACUUCGGCAGCACCUGAAGAACAUAUUGAUCCAAAAAUGGAUGAGGGAGGUGAAGACAGCAAAGAAAAGACAGAGCAGAAGACACUGAAGCUAAAAGACAUAUAUGAGGAUGAUGAAGAGACUGACAAUGGUUCCAUUGAAACUAAUCCAAACUCUGGCUGGCUGUCACCUCUCACUUCCUCUCCAUGUUCUGAAGAAGCAGGUGAUGAAGAAACAGCUGGUGAAGUCACCUUCCAGCCACCCAGAUGCUCAGUGGAAGGACUGAAGGAACAUCUGGAUCUGAGUAGAAGCAAGGAGCCAUCAGAAGAGAGCCAGUCAUUGACAAGAGGCAGAGACGAUGCCAGCGAGGACUCCGUAAGAACCAAUAAAAACACCUGCCUGGAGUGUGGCAAGACUUUUGCAUGUCGCUCCUCUUUGAAAAGACAUCAUGUCGUUCACUCUUCGGUACGGUCGUUCAAGUGCACCCAGUGUGACAAGUCAUAUAAAAGUCAGAAAGACCUGAACCGACAUUUCCUGACCCAUUCCAAACCUAUAGUCAUGUCCUUUGCUUGCAGCCUUUGUGAGAAGAGAUUUAGUUCUCGGACUUUGCUCACAAUUCAUCUGCGGCGCCACAGUGGAGAGAGGCCGUUUGUCUGCUCGUACUGCGACAAGAGGUUCCUGACAAAUUCUGUUCUGAAGUCCCACGUGCGCAUUCAUACCGGUGAGCGCCCGUAUGGCUGUACUUUUUGCGACAAGAAAUUCACACAAGUGUAUCCUCGCACUGUGCACCUCAGGAUGCACACGAAAGAGAAACCAUACUUGUGCAGCACAUGUGGUUUGUCCUUCUGUAGCUCUGGGGCCUUGCUGGUGCAUUCACGCACUCACACAAGGGAGAGGCCUCAUCAGUGUGAGUCCUGUGAAAAAAGUUUUGCCACGGCUGUACAACUGAAAGUCCAUCGGAGAUUCCACACGGGAGAGAGGCCGUAUUCUUGCUCACAGUGCAACAAAUCUUUCCACAGUAGCUCGGGACUGAAGAAACACACGAGGACACACACGGGAGAGAAACCAUACCAGUGUUUAACUUGUCACAAGACGUUUUCCCAAAAAUCCAACAUGAAAAUACAUCUAAAAGUUCACAAGAACUUCUAGCAUACUGUUUUUGGAGACUGGUUGUUGGCAUGUUUGUGUAUCUUAAAUGAUAAAUGAAAGCCUUGUUCAUUUCUAUGUCAGGACAAGCUGUUUUGGUAAAUCUUGAUAUCAGUAAAUCACUAACAUGUAUGUAUGUAAAUAUAAAUUAAACUAUUACACAUUGGAGUGUAUGUAAAUGUACAUUGCGUUUUAAAAGACAAUAAUGUUUAACACUUGCUUAGGUUUGUGUUAUGUUGUUGAGAGAAAGAACUGUAAGUCAAUAAAACUUGCUGACAAAAGA